AUGCCUCGCCGAUCAGUCGACGCCUCAGGCAAGGGAUCCACCACAUCCAAGAUGUCCACCGACUCCACGUCCGCUCAGCGAAAGACUGAGAGAUCUCACGAAGAGAACCAGGAGAGAGCAUACAUUGCCGCUUCACGACGCGCAGACCGAAGUAUCGAGGCUCGGGUUCAGUCUGCACGCAUGGCCAGCGAGAUCCACAAGAAGCGUACUGGCAGAGGAUUCCGGAUAAGCGAGGAGAUUGUGCGGAAAGAGGAGAUGUACGAGGAAGAAGAGGAUGAAUUCCCCCGAUCUUAUCGCAUUCUGGGAGCCCAUAUGCAGACAAACUCGGCAGAGAUGAACUCUCGGGUCGAGGCCUACAUGACUGGCAGGCUCGCCAUGUCUGCGUACAUGUCCAAGGUCAACGAAAAUUGGAAUGAGAACAACAUCAACCAGCUCUUUGCCGCCUCGUUCCCCAACGCGAAGCAGCAAGCACAGCAGCUCUCCCAGCGAAUGUCCCAGUCCGGCACAUACGAGAACCAGCCGGCUGCCCCACAACGGACGGCCGCUCCGGCAUCCAUGUCGCCACACUUUCAGCCGGUCACAUAUCAGCAUGGAGCCAAUCGGCAUGGAUCUCUAGCCUCGGUGUCUCCAACCGAGUCGAACCCAAACGAAAACCCUCUUUCUCCAUCAUUAACGCAGGCUUCGAGCCCGACACCGGAUACACCUGCCACGGCAUCCUUCGGCUUCCCUUCGGGUGACUGGGGGGUCUCGGACUCCGCCUUUACAAGCGAACUGCCGCAAGAGAUGAAGUUGAUGAUGAUGGGCGGUUCCGGGGAGAUGAACUACAGUGGGAUGUACAACCACUCAUCAUAUGACCAGAACUGGAUGCCUCCUACCGAGGGAUUUGGCGGAGAUCAGGAUCUCGAUUUCCCGAUGAAGCUUGAGAACUUUGGGAACUCCUUUCAAAGCAAUGGGCAAUGGGACGAGUCCACUGUCCAGCCCUCGUCCAUUCCAGGAGCAACGGACGAACCCUGGGACAUGUUCAUUGACGACAAUGCAUGGGACAACGCCCAGUAA